AUGCCAUUUGGCCGACGAUGGGCAAUCUUCUUAGGCUCUUGGAUCAUGGUCGUAGGAUCUGUAGUACAAGCCUUCUCCAUUAGCGCUGGCAUGUACGUCGGCGCGCGCUUCAUCCUCGGUUUCGGCAUACCCUUCUGCAUCAUCGCAGGUUCAUCACUAAUGGGCGAGCUUGCAUAUCCCAAGGAACGACCCAUCAUGACAUCUCUCUUCAACGCCCUCUGGUUUGUAGGCUCGCUCAUAGCAGCAGGAGUCUCAUACGGCACCCAAAGUCUAAAAGACGACUGGGCCUGGCGCAUACCUUCGCUGCUCCAAGCCGGCCCAUCACUACUUCAAAUCGUCUUCAUCUUCAUGAUCCCCGAAUCCCCACGCUUCCUCAUCUCCAAAGACCGCCGCGAAGAAGCCUACGCCACGCUGAUAACGUAUCACGCCGAAGGCGCCACCACCUCGCCUUUCGCCGCCGCAGAAAUGGCCCAAAUCGAACACACCAUCCGCAUCGAACUCGAACAUUCCAAACGCUCCUGGCGCGAAAUGAUCGCCGUCCCCGGUCUACGCAAGCGCGUGAUAAUCGGUUCUUUCCUCGGCCUCUUCACCCAAUGGUCUGGAAACACGCUACUGAGCUACUACCUCAACCAGCUGCUCAACAUGAUCGGGUACGACGACCCUGGCUUCGUCGGCAAAGUGAAUUCUACGUUACCCAAAUGCAGUCCAUCCGCUAAUGCAUUCGCAAAGUACUUCAUGUUCCCCGAGACAUACGGCCGCACAUUGGAAGAACUCGCGUUCCUCUUCGAAGACCACGCACUCGCUGAUGAAGCGACGACGCAUGUCGAGAAGCAGAUGGAGUGGGCUGAGAGGCGGUGGAGCCGGAUUGAUGAGCACAUGAGUUGGGAGAUGGAUGUUGUGGUGCCGAGGAAGGCGCAUCAUGGUCAAGGAGAAGGAGGCAAUGAUGUAGGAACGCUGGACACGAGGGAAACAGUUCAACGGCAUCAGUAUCGGAGACGCAAUAGUAGCUGGGAGGAUCUUAGGCAGCUGUAG